GAACAAAGAAAUCCUGUAAACACUCGUGGAUCUUUAUGAUACUGGUCAGAAAGUCGCUUUAAAUAAUUGUUUAUUCUACCUUAGUACAGAAAAGUUAUUAUGUAUGGCAUGUAGUAUGAACCUGCGAACGCCUUGAACAUUUAUGACAUUGAACGAAAGAAGAAGAAAACAGUUUAACCAACGAAUAGUGUUCCCAUGAAUACAAUGUUUGACCUGAAGUGCGAAAGCUCAUCAGGUGAAGAGGAAGAGACGGAGGGAGCAGAGUCCAGUUUAACAGCACAGAUUUCCAGGUGUGCCAAUGUAUCCUCCGCGGAUUUAGACGAAUUAGAGCACAACCGGAACGAAUCCAGUACUGUAAAGCAGACAAUAUGGGCUGUGAAAUGUUUCAAAGCCUGGUUACUUGAGAAGCAGCUGACGAUCGACUUUAAAACCGUGGAGAAGUCAGAGCUGAACCCGGUGCUGCGCGAGUUUUACGGCUCUAUUCGGACGAGCAAAGGAGAGCUGUACGGCAUCAGCAGCUACGUCGGACUUCGGGCUGGACUGAAUCGGUUCAUCAAUGACCCUCCGCUCAACCGGGUGUGGAAUCUGAUGCAGGACACCGAGUUCAGGGCGGCCAAUAAUGUUUUCAAAGGCGUCGUUAAACAGAUCCGACGCUCCGGUAGAGAUAUAACAACACAUUACCCCCCGAUUUCACCUGAGGACCAGCAUCUACUGAAGAACUCACCUGCACUGGACCCUGGCAACCCGAGAGGCUUGUUAAAUAAGGUCUGGUACGAUAUCCAGUUACAUUUCGGACUCAGGGGCAAGGAGGGCAACCGACACCUGCAGCCAGACUCGUUUUCUCUGAAUCGAGACCCAAACGGAUUUAAAUACUUCACGAUGACAUUACAGGAGGACACGAAAAACAUGCCGGAAAAGGACAAGAAACCCCGCAGGGCUAUGUAUGAAGAGCCGGGCAACCCGCGGUGCCCCGUCGCGUCUCUGGAGAAAUACCUGAGCAAGAUCCCCGCCGACGCUAAAGCGCUGUAUCUGCAGCCCAAGAGGACUUAUGUGAUCACCGAUGAGAUGUGGUAUACACCACUUCCGAUGGGAGUCAAUUAUCUGUCCCAGAUGCUGCCCAAAAUAUGCAAAGAGGCCGGCACGAGAACGAUCUACACGAACCACAGUCUGAGGCUCACUGCGAUCCAAAGACUGAGCGAGCCGAGGGAGAUCGUGGCGGUGUGUGUCAGUGUUCCAGUUGAGAUGAACACUCAGUGGCAGCAGCAGCCGGAGUCCACUCCAUACUCCCCCAGCAGUGAACUGGACUCCAGCUCCGCCAGACAGGAGAGUCCCGUGAGCAGCCACAGUUGGGUGAAACAGGAACCAGAGCCAGAAGCCGUCCAGUGGGAAAAUAAAAACUCGGAUGCUGCCACCGAUGCUGAGAAGGACAAGAAUCUGAACAGCGCUGUCGCUACAUCAUUACCUUCGAUGGAGGGUUUACCCAGCAGUGUUAUGCUGACCAUCACUAAACUCCAGUGUCUGCUGGAGAGCAAACAGGAGAGGAUCGAGGCUCUGGAGAGACAGGUGCAGGACCUGCAGGAGGACCGCAGGUUCCUCCGCUCACAGAUCGAGAACCUCACUGGCGCUCGCUUGGUCGCAGUGCCUGAAGCGAGCACAUCAGUGUUCUCUCAGUCCAGGUCCAGGAAGAGGAGGCACAAGAGCUCGUCCAGCUCAUAUGCUGAAGAUGAGAGCAUCACUGAUGAAUCUUCAUCUGAAGAGUCCAGCAGCAUCAGAAAAAAAAGACGCCAUAAGAAGAAAGGAAAGAGAGGGUGCGUUCCUCAUUGUGACUAGGUCUUGAUCAGCCUUUAUCAAGAAGAAGAGCAUGAAUAGGGCUUUCUGCCCAAGUGCGUCAUUAAGGUUCACAAGUUUGGACAGUUUUUUACGAGCGAGCGUCUGGGUGCCCAGGACCUAAUUUGAGCCCUCUAUCAUGGCCUGGGCCAGCGCUCCUGGUUGAACCCUCGCUGACAACAUUCCCAACGUGGCCCUCAUCACAGAACUGGAUCAGGCUGCUAACAAAUCUCUAUCUGGUGGGUUUGAUCAGGCCUUGCGAGGAAACAUAAGUCAGCUAGCCCUGCAGUGUGUCCUGUCUCCACAGAAAGCAUGACUCAUAUCUGAGCCUUGCUCAGGUGGGGUUUUGAUUUAUGAGUACUUAUGAGUGUGCUUAUAUUGUUGCUUUAAAAAGGCAAGUUGCACCUUACGAUUGGUCAAAUGAAAACUUACACUAUUAUACUUGUGUUAACAAUGAUUCUGAAAAUGAAAUGAAUGAAUCUGAAAAAUUCUGAUAACCAUCAGUAAAACUCUAACACAGUCUUCCGGGUUGAUCUACCAAUUGAUUUCACAACUGAACAGCUCUUUUAUUUGCUGAUGAAGCCCUUGCAUAAAGGAUGGAGCGAUGGCGAAGCAGCACUGCUCUAGAAACAAGAGCAUUCUCCAUGACUGAACACUAGGGGACGCUCUAACACCACUGUUGAGUGAAAUGCUGCUGGGAGAAAGUGAAGUAGUGAGUGACAUUUGAAAUGUAUUGUGAUGCAUAUAAUGCAUCUUUUAACUCUCACUAGGUUUAUUACUGUGUGUAUGUCUCUUUAAAGUUUUAAGUGGUUUGUGUAAUAAAUGCACAUAUCACUUAAAACUUUUUUUGCUGGAACAGACCAUCCAGUCCACUCACGAAGCACAGAUUGGGCUUGUAUGUUUGACAUGAUCCUUAUAUGUGUUUGUUUACAGAAAUCUCUACCAAUGUUAUAUUCUCACACAAUGUCACCCUGUUCCUUUAUGUGAAGGUUCUUCAUAUCUGGCCCUCAAGUUCCACCGUCCUGUAGAGUUUAGCUUCAGCCUAAAUCAGACACCCCUGAACAAGCCGAUCCAGAGGUCUUUAGGGAUUGCUAGAAAGUGCCAGGCUGGUGAGAUGGAUCAGAUCAGGGUUGGAGCUGAACUCUGCUGGACAGUGACCCUCAAGAGUCAGGGCUCAAGAACACUGCUUGUGUUUUUUUUUUUUUUUUUUUUUUUUUUUUUUAAAUGUUUGAAACAUUUGUUUUCAUACUUUGUUUUUAAUUAGUUUUUAAAUGUUUAAAAAUGCUCUUCUGCCAAGUUAUGUAACAAUUAAAGGUGCUGCAACAGA